UUCUAUUUCAUUAGCAACAGAAAAACACAUGACAAGAUGAAAAAUGGUUCGUGGCUGAGACGUGGAGCUAAACGUCGCCGUAUGACAACAACCGACUCUUCAUUUCUCUUCUGUUCCUUUCGGUUUGUGUUCAAUACUACUGGUUUCUGAUGAUCGCCAGUAGAUACAUACACUCGUCAUUCUCACCUUCUCCGAAUUCACCAACCUAGGGUUUUCGAACUCUCUGGAUUCUUCCGUGCAAUUUCUAGAAACUUCGUCAAAUGGAAUCACUCUGUUUCCACGACGGCAACAUCACUGACUUGAUCAACAAACGAUCCCUCCACGUUCGCCAUGACUCCGGUCAUGGAUUGCAGAUGCACUCCUCUUUGGUGGAAAGAAUGGCCUUAGAAAGAGAAUUGGAGGGGCAUCAGGGUUGUGUGAAUGCGAUAGCUUGGAACUCUAAAGGCUCGCUUUUGAUAUCUGGAUCAGAUGAUACAAGAAUGAAUAUCUGGAGUUAUUCAAGCUGCAAACUUUUGCAUUCCAUUGAGACCGGUCACACUGCCAACAUAUUCUGCACGAAGUUUGUUCCAGAAACUUCAGAUGAGCUAGUCGUUUCUGGAGCAGGAGAUGCUGAAGUUCGUCUUUUUCAUUUGUCUCAUCUAAAGGGAAGAGGUGCUGAAGACGGUGCUUUGACUCCGUCCGCUCUAUUUCAGUGUCAUACUAGGAGGGUUAAGAAAAUAGCUGUCGAAGUUGGGAAUCCUCAUGUAGUAUGGAGUGCUAGUGAAGAUGGGACAGUGAGGCAGCAUGACUUACGGGAGGGUGCGUCUUGUCCCCCAGCUGGUUCUUCUCGUCAAGAAUGCCGUAAUAUACUUCUUGACUUACGCUGUGGAGCUAAGAAAUCAUUAACUGAUCCUCCGAAACAGUUGUUUGCUCUGAAGUCGUGUGAUAUUAGCUCCACAAGGCCUCAUUUGCUCCUUGUUGGUGGAAGUGAUGCUUUUGCUCGGUUGUAUGAUAGGAGAAUGCUGCCUCCAUUAUCCUCGAGUCAAAAAAAGCUGCCACCUCCACCUUGUGUCAGCUACUUCUGCCCAAUGCAUCUUUCUGAUCGUGGACGUUCCAGCUUGCAUCUGACUCAUGUCGCAUUUAGUCCCAACGGAGAGGAGGUUUUGCUUAGCUACAGUGGAGAACAUGUAUACUUGAUGGAUGUGAAUCCUGCACAUGGAGGUUCUAUGCCGUAUACUUCAGGAGAUGCGUCAAACCUGAUGAAUUUUGCUCCCUUGCUCAAUGGAAUCGAAUUGCAAUCAUCAGUUAGUGGAAUCUUUGUAAACAGUUCUUCAUCGAAAAGAAUUCCAGCUACCAAGCAGCUAGAAAAAUGCAAAAAAUUGAUUCAGAUGGCAAUGAAGUCUUUGAAAGAAGAUUCCAACUUUUAUUAUGGGAUAGAAGCUUGUAAUGAAGUCUUGGACGGUUGCAGGGAUGACGUUGGUCCCCUUCUAACCUUCGAAUGUUUAUGCACUCGUGCAGCAAUAUUGCUCAAGAGGAAGUGGAAAAAUGAUGCACAUAUGGCUAUAAGAGAUUGUCAUAGAGCUAGAAAGCUCAAUUCAUCUUCCUUUAGGCCUCUUCUUUUGAUCGCUGAUGCUCUUUCACAGUUGGGUAAACAUAAAGAAGCAUUGGAGUUCGCUAUUGGCGCUCAAUCCUUGGCUCCAUCUGAUUCUGAAGUUGCCCUAAAGGUGGAGAGUAUAAAAGAUCAUAUCACUGCAGGAAUGCUAAUUCAUAUUCAUGCUUUAAUGCGUACCAACAAUAUUCCUGGAUUUACAGCUGAAGCAGACAAAGCAAAUAAGGCAAAUGGAGGAGAAUCUAGGUCAGAUCCUCGGGCAGGAAGAGUAUUAUCUCUAAGUGACAUACUUUAUCGUUCGGACGCAAACAGUGAUGCAUCGCAAGAUGGUCCCAGGUCUGAAAGAGAUGAUUCUGAUGAUGACGAGGAGUUAGAAUUGGCUUUUGAAACAUCAAUAUCCGGUGAUGAAGGACGGGAUGUUGAUCUCGAUGUCCUCCAUGGAAGUUUGAACUUAAGAAUUCAUAGGAGAGGCGAUUCCACUGGGGAGACUGGACGAGCAAAUGGUGCUAGUGGUUCGCCAACCUCGAGUCAAAAAGAGAAAGCAGCUUACAAGCCUGAAGUAGUGAUAGAUAUGAAGCAAAGAUAUAUUGGUCAUUGCAACGUAGGCACUGAUAUAAAACAGGCGAGCUUUCUUGGAGAACGAGGUGAAUAUAUUGCUUGUGGAAGUGAUGAUGGAAGAUGGUUUAUUUGGGAGAAACAAACUGGUAGACUGAUAAAAAUGCUUCAUGGAGAUGAAGCUGUUGUAAAUUGUGUACAGUGCCACCCAUAUGAUUGUGUUGUGGCUACCAGUGGAAUUGAUAGCACCAUUAAGAUUUGGACUCCGAGUGCGUCUGUCCCUUCCCUCGUGGCUGGUGGAGCUGCAGGACCAGAGACUUCCAAUGUGUUAGAUGCAAUGGAAAGCAAUCAACGCAGAUUGUGCCGCACGCGUGAAGCUGUCUUGCCUUUUGAAUUUUUGGAGAGAUUUAGGAUGCACGAGUUUACAGAAGGCAGCUUACAUCCAUUCGAAUGCACGCAGAGCUGAUUUUCUUAAACACUGGUGGAUAUGAAGUUUAUCCGGUGGACAUGCUGGCAUGGGAAGGAAGAGAGAGGAAUGUAUAGUUAACCAAGUCGAUAAAAAAUUUUGGGUCCCAAACCAGCUGAAGUUUGAUCCAAUUGUAAUUCAUAUUUCUGUGCAGUCUUUCCUGGUGAAAUGUUUCACUGUAUUAUAUUUUAAUUCUUCUCAGCUGUCCUCUCUUCCUGCGAGGUCUUUGUAAAUAUAUAUCUCGGUCUUUUAUCUUACAUAGUAAUACAUUCAAGUUAAACAUGGUCUAUCCUCAUUGUAUUUGAUUGAUAGUUCGAGGCUUAGAUUAGCUAUAGUAGAGUGCCGUUGGCUUCACCUUUUAA